UUCUCUGGUUGGCUAGUGCUGGUGUGUGUUGUCUGCUAAGUUACAACCAAAUUUAUGGACGAUCAUGUCCGGAGUGAUGGAGCAUAAACAAAAACACAGUAAUAUUGUAUUAAAUUUUUAAACCGUCUAGAAUAAAGAACUUUGAAAUUAAUUUUUGAAAUUAUCUCCAAAUAUUAUGGCGGAUUUGCGGAAAAGGAAAGGCGAAACUGAAGAGGAAAAGUCAACUGAAAAGCUAACAGCCUCUGGAACAGAGAGUGACCAUAGAGAAGACGUUGACUCUGAAGAUGACAAAGUCUCUCAGGACUUAUCCAAGACUGUUCCCCAAGGCACAGACAAGGUUCCAGAAGUCUUGGAUACAGCACUCAAAGGACUAUCAGCAAAAUGGCGAAAUUGGGUGAUCCGAGGAAUAUUUACUUGGCUCAUGAUUGGAGCUUUUUGUCUCAUCAUCUACGGUGGACCACUAGCUCUCAUGGUCACUACUCUAAUCGUCCAAGUGAAAUGUUUUGAGGAGAUCAUCAACAUCGGCUAUACAGUGUAUCGUAUCCACGGACUACCAUGGUUCCGAUCUCUCUCUUGGUACUUCUUGAUUGCAUCCAACUACUUCUUUUAUGGAGAAAGCUUAGUUGACUACUUUGGAGUUGUCAUCAAUCGAACGGACUAUCUGAGGGUGCUGGUCACAUACCAUCGGUUCUUCUCAUUUUGCCUGUAUAUCGUCGGCUUUGUGUGGUUUGUGCUCUCUCUAGUCAACAAGUAUUACAUGAAGCAGUUUUCUCUGUUUGCCUGGACUCAUGUUGCUCUCCUCAUCGUAGUCACCCAGAGCUACCUAAUUAUACAGAACAUCUUUGAGGGACUUAUCUGGUUUAUUGUACCGGUUUCUAUGAUUGUUUGUAAUGACGUGUGGGCAUACCUGUUUGGCUUCUUCUUUGGACGGACACCAUUGAUCAAACUGUCACCAAAGAAGACCUGGGAAGGAUUUAUUGGUGGGGGGAUAGCAACAGUUAUAUUUGGUCUGUUGAUGUCGUACGUGUUGUGUCAGUACAAGUAUUUUGUAUGUCCUAUCGAGUUCAGUGAGAAACUGGGACGCAUGACAAUGGAAUGUGACCCCUCUCCACUGUUCCGGCCCCAGCAAUACACUCUGCCCGAGACACUAGGCAAUAUUGUGGCAUUGUUUGGCUACGAGGGAACUGUCAGCAUUUAUCCUUUCAUGCUCCAUUCACUGUCAAUGUCCCUCUUUAGCUCUGUCAUUGGACCAUUUGGCGGAUUUUUUGCUAGUGGCUUCAAAAGAGCUUUUAAAAUAAAGGACUUUGGUGAUGUGAUCCCAGGACAUGGAGGGAUUAUGGAUCGAUUUGACUGCCAAUAUCUCAUGGCUACCUUCGUAAAUGUGUAUAUCUCAUCCUUUAUCAGGACUGCAUCCCCCCAGAAGCUGCUUCAGCAGGUAUUUAGUUUGAAGCCAGAGCAACAGUUGCAGAUGUUCUACACUCUCAAGAGUGCUCUGGAAGAUCGAGGCAUCCUGACAGCACCUUAGACUCCUUCCAUCCACCAGCCCUUGGACUUGAACUUGGGUUGUCAGACAACCCAUCGUCUAGUCUUCAGUACCUCAGUUCAUUGUGCUGUUUGGAUUAUUUCAUACUUCUGAAAUGUCUGCUAAGAUGUUUAACCCUCUUAGCUCCUAGCCGCUGCAGAAAUGUUGUAGUUAAGGUCAGGGCUUGAUAUCACCAACGCCCAUAAAUGGAAAAAUGGUCUGUGUAUUUAAGCUUACUACACACUAACCGAGUUUGAGGAAACCCUAUCAACAACGUUCCCUUCUUGCAGUAGAAAUCAAUAAUCUAUUUUAUUUUAUUGAUCAAGAAAUAUAAAUUUUUAUGUUGGAAUAUUAUUGAUUGUACUGAAAUGUGGCACAAAUGUUUUCUUUUUACAUCGUAAACAUUGCACUUGGACUUUGCCAAUGGCUCUAUUGCUUUUAA